GAUCCAUUUCAUUUUCAGAUUUUUUGAGAGACGAGGAUAAUUCAUAUAUAAAUGACAUCUCUGAAGCAACUGCGCGGAGAGGUCGUGUUCGAGCUGUUUUGAAGGAAGUCAAUAAAGCGGAAGGGCCAAAGGAUUACUUAAAGGUUAUGCAGACUGUUGAUGAUUAUUUACCAUAUUUACUUGCUAUUGUCGAUUGUCUAGAAGGAGAGACUUCUUGGCGAUGUACACUCAGUGAUUCAAUGGUUCUUAAAAAAAAAAGAGUAGAAUGUCGAGGGAUUUAUUACGAAUUAAUUUUCACACUCAUGAC